GCGGCCGGGCGAGCUGGCGGGCGGAGAGCGCAGAGCUGCUGAGCGAGGGAGCAAGCCACUGAGCGAGAGCUGGAACCCUGCGCCCCCGGCUCCUCUCCGUUUCUCUCCGCGCCGGAGUCGGGCGCGCCAGGAGCUGGGUCCCUUCUAAAUUCUCUUCCUGCCUGUCCUUUCCUGGUUCCUGCUUCCUCCUUUCUUUGCCUUUGCUGCUUCUAUCCUCAUCCCCCGGAGGCCCAGGUCUGCUGGACCCAUCCAUCCCCUUUGGGACUAUGGGAUCACUGCUUGGGCUCCUGGCACUGCUGCUGCUAUGGGGUGCUGUGGCUGAGGGCCCUGCCAAGAAGGUGCUGACCCUGGAGGGGGACCUGGUCCUGGGUGGGCUGUUUCCAGUACACCAGAAGGGUGGCCCAGCAGAGGAGUGUGGGCCUGUCAAUGAGCAUCGUGGCAUCCAGCGCCUGGAGGCCAUGCUUUUUGCACUGGACCGCAUCAACCGUGACCCACACCUGCUGCCAGGCGUGCGCCUGGGCGCGCAUAUUCUCGACAGCUGCUCCAAGGACACACAUGCCCUGGAGCAGGCACUCGACUUCGUGCGUGCCUCGCUUAGCCGUGGUGCCGAUGGCUCACGCCACAUCUGCCCCGAUGGCUCGUAUGCCACCCACGGUGAUGCUCCCACUGCCAUCACUGGUGUCAUUGGCGGCUCCUACAGCGAUGUCUCCAUCCAGGUGGCCAACCUCCUGCGGCUAUUUCAGAUCCCACAGAUUAGCUAUGCCUCCACCAGCGCCAAGCUGAGUGACAAGUCCCGCUAUGACUACUUUGCCCGCACAGUGCCCCCCGACUUCUUCCAAGCCAAAGCCAUGGCUGAGAUUCUCCGCUUCUUCAACUGGACCUAUGUGUCCACUGUGGCAUCUGAGGGUGACUAUGGCGAGACAGGCAUCGAAGCCUUUGAGCUAGAGGCCCGUGCCCGCAACAUCUGUGUGGCCACCUCGGAGAAAGUGGGCCGUGCCAUGAGCCGCGCAGCUUUUGAGGGUGUGGUGCGAGCCCUGCUGCAGAAGCCCAGUGCCCGUGUGGCUGUCCUGUUCACCCGUUCUGAGGAUGCCCGCGAGCUCCUCGCGGCUACCCAGCGCCUCAAUGCCAGCUUCACCUGGGUGGCCAGCGAUGGCUGGGGGGCCCUGGAGAGUGUGGUGGCAGGCAGUGAGAGGGCUGCUGAGGGUGCCAUCACUAUUGAGCUGGCCUCCUAUCCCAUCAGUGACUUUGCCUCCUACUUCCGGAGCCUGGACCCCUGGAACAACAGCCGGAACCCCUGGUUCCGUGAGUUCUGGGAGCAGAGGUUCCACUGUAGCUUCCGGCGGCGAGAUUGCGCAGCCCACUCACUACAGGCCGUGCCUUUUGAGCAAGAGUCCAAGAUCAUGUUUGUCGUUAAUGCAGUGUAUGCCAUGGCCCAUGCGCUGCACAACAUGCACCGAGCCCUCUGCCCCAACACCACCCAACUCUGUGAUGCAAUGCGGCCUGUCAACGGACGCCGGCUCUACAAGGACUUCGUACUCAACGUCAAAUUUGAUGCCCCCUUCCGCCCGGCUGACACGCACAGUGAGGUCCGCUUUGACCGCUUUGGUGAUGGCAUUGGUCGCUACAACAUCUUCACCUAUUUGCGGGCAGGGAGUGGGCGCUAUCGCUACCAGAAGGUAGGCUACUGGGCAGAAGGCCUAACCCUGGAUACCAGCCUCAUCCCAUGGGCCUCGCCCUCGGCCAGCUCCCUGCCCGCCUCUCGCUGCAGUGAGCCCUGUCUCCAGAAUGAAGUGAAGAGCGUGCAGCCAGGGGAGGUCUGCUGCUGGCUCUGCAUCCCCUGCCAGCCCUACGAGUACCGGCUGGACGAAUUCACUUGUGCUGACUGUGGCCUGGGUUACUGGCCCAAUGCCAGCCUGACCGGCUGCUUUGAGCUGCCCCAGGAGUACAUCCGCUGGGGUGAUGCCUGGGCUGUGGGACCUGUCACCAUCGCCUGUCUAGGUGCCCUGGCGACCCUCUUUGUGCUGGGUGUCUUUGUGCGGCACAAUGCCACACCAGUGGUCAAGGCCUCUGGACGGGAGCUCUGCUACAUCCUGUUGGGCGGUGUCUUCCUCUGCUACUGCAUGACCUUCAUCUUCAUUGCCAAGCCAUCCACGGUGGUGUGUACCUUACGGCGCCUUGGUCUGGGCACCGCCUUCUCUGUCUGCUACUCAGCUCUGCUCACCAAGACCAACCGCAUUGCACGCAUCUUUGGUGGGGCCCGGGAGGGAGCCCAGCGACCACGCUUCAUCAGUCCUGCCUCGCAGGUGGCCAUCUGCCUGGCACUUAUCUCGGGCCAGCUGCUCAUUGUAGCUGCCUGGCUGGUGGUGGAAGCACCAGGCACGGGCAAGGAGACAGCCCCAGAGCGGCGGGAGGUGGUAACAUUGCGCUGCAACCAUCGAGAUGCAAGCAUGCUGGGUUCACUGGCCUACAACGUGCUCCUCAUCGCACUCUGCACACUCUAUGCCUUCAAGACCCGCAAGUGCCCUGAGAACUUCAAUGAGGCCAAAUUCAUAGGCUUUACCAUGUACACCACUUGCAUCAUCUGGCUGGCCUUCCUGCCCAUCUUCUAUGUCACCUCCAGUGACUACCGGGAGCAGGAAAAUCGAGACAAGAGCCCCUGGAAAGGCCCUUUCCCCCAGGACAGAGGUACAGACCACCACCAUGUGCGUAUCAGUCAGCCUCAGUGGCUCUGUGGUGCUCGGCUGUCUCUUUGCACCCAAGUUGCACAUCAUCCUUUUCCAGCCACAGAAGAAUGUGGUCAGCCACCGUGCGCCCACCAGCCGCUUCAGCAGCGCCGCCACCAGGGCCAGCUCCAGCCUCGGCCAAGGAUCUGGCUCCCAGUUUGUCCCCACCGUUUGCAACGGCCGUGAGGUGGUAGAUUCAACAACAUCGUCACUUUGAGGACCCUGCUUUCCUCCCUGACACAGCUGCUCCCUGGAACCUGGUGCAGACCCGCAUACAGGGCCAGGAAGAAGUCAGCUGGAGCACUGCAAUAAUGCCACUCCCAUGCCCAUCCCCAAAACCCACUUACUCCAACCCUUCAGAGUCAGAAGUCAGGGUCCUUGGCCCAGCAGCCUCUGCAACAGCCACCAACUGUCCUUGCAGCGUGUCCCCUCCUUGCUAGGCCCAGGACUCCGAAGGAAGCAAGCCAGGGUCUACUCUGCCCUGGAACAGGAUGGCUGAGGACUGUGGGCCCCAAUCCCCAAUCAGCAAAGGUGCUUCCAGCCCCACCUCUCCUUCCUUCUAGGGCCUUUUUAAUUUUUUACAUAAGUUCUUCUGGGAUGGGGAGGGGGGUUUUGUGGGGGCCAUCCCUUCCUUGCAUAGUAGUUUGUCCUGUGGUUUAUUUUGUAUUAUCUGUAAA